GGUGCACCAUGGUUAGUUGUUUACCUCAACGUUAUUGUUGUUGUUUACAUUUUCGUUGUUUCACCUCGUUGUGGUAAAUAAAAAAAAAAUGCUUGAAGAACAUUAAUCCUCCAGUUCCAGUUUAACAUGGAUAAUAACAAGGACAACUACGACGGAAUAGAGUUCCUGGAGCAGGAAACAGCGGGAUCUCCGGUGGCUGGAUCGUCGGGAACUUUCAGAUUCUCGAAAUCCUUGUUGGAUACGACCCAGGUCUCUGACGAUGGGAACUCGAGGAAUGUCGAAUUCUCAUUGUUGCCCGAUAAUACGACGGAGGAAGCUGAAAACGAAGAAAGUGGUGCAUCCGAGGAAAAUGAUGUGACUUUGUUGCCAGAUGAUGCUGCGAAGAGUUUGGAAUUCUUCUUUAAAGGGACCUUUCUUCGACGACUUUUUCGCAGUCAAAUGCGCCCUCGAGAAAUCGGAACCAUGAAUGUCGGUGGAGAUACAGUGCCGGAAGUGAUCGGAUUCAUGUGGAAACUUGCAAAGAAACACGUAUCUCGGCAAGUUGAUUUUGACAAUGACGUUCCGACAUGGUCUGAGAAGCAAAUACCAGAUGAAGAAGACAUUGAACGAUUCAUCAUUCUGCAUGACACGACCAAAAGGAAGACCUACAAUGUUUCUGCCAUCACUCCACGAAUCCUUGCUACAUGGAAGGAUAAAAACAUCAAAGUUUUUGUGCAUCCAUAUGCGACCAACGUGGAGACGCAUGCCCAGCACCAAAUGGUACUGAAGACGCUCAUUACGCCAACAAACUCAGACCGAGCCGGAGCCCACUCGACCCGUGAUUGUGCUGCUUUGGCUAAAGAGCUUAAGGAAACUCACUUGGAUUUAGAGGGACAUCAAAGCUCGUGGAUGUUGUGGGCCAACUUCAUCCACUCUUCGCCUGCUCACAAGCAAGAGCAAUUGAAAAUUGAUCCCGCACCGCCUUUGGAGCUCGCUAAAUACUUCCGAUGGACAAAUGUGUCAGAAGCAGCCCGCCUGCAGUCAGUACAUCGGGGUGUCACAGUGGCUCAUACUGUGAAUGUUGGUUGGGUGAAAGAAGCGGCUGAAAUAAGGGAAGAAAUUUCAGCAGCACUUGGAAUACUUAACAACGUUUCCCGCAAGCUCGAAGCAAUGAUAACAAAAGGAUUAGCCGCUGGAGAUUUUAUCACCGCAGUGCAAUCAGCAAUCCGACCAGAAGAGUCCGAAGUGAGCCAAGUGUUGGCGGAGAAAGUAACUGAUUGUCCCGAUGUUGAUCACUCUUAAAGUGUUUUUCUUGUUUUGAUUUUACGGUUUUGAAUAAAUAAAAUAAGUUUUAUUUGCAAUAGUUUCACGGUCUUCAUGAGUUUUAUUUAUUUGUUUCAGAUAGUUCAUUAUUGUUAACAGUAAACGUUUCAAAACUUGCUCUUAUAUUAAUUGGGAACAAUAUUCAAAUCGACCUCAUUUGGAUCUUGCGUUAAGCCUUUCUCAGGGCUGAAAAAUCCUCCAGGGAAGUAUCCACAGUGUUCAAACAGUUUCUGGCAAGGAUAAACUUUGAAGUAGUUCAUAGCUUCACAUACUUCAGCCAGAAUUUGUUCACCUUCCCGGUGUACUCUCUGAAGACGUUUUUUCACGAGGCCAAAGAUCACCUCGAUGGGAUUGAAAAAGGGGCAGUACGCCGGAAGGAAUAUGGGUAUGAU